CAACUUCACGUCCGGUUUUUCUGUUUAUUUACAACUUGAACUUUUUCAUAUUUCGCUAUUAAAACUGCAAUUAUUAAUUGCGUACAAAUAAAUUUCCAUCUUUAAAUAAUCAAUAAUGUUCUCAAUUUUUAUAAAGUUUGUUCGUCUAGAAGCAGGACUUUUUAACAAGAUGUCACAUUAUAUAAUUCCGUUUUUGCAAAUUAUUAACAGAUCGCUCUAUGUAUAAUUAACCUUUGUUUCUAAACGGACAAUUGUCAAUUUGCAUACAUUUCUUAUAAACCACGUGUCAUGAACUACCGUGGUCCACGUGGUUUUCGGCCUCCUUUUCGUGGUCCUGGACCUCGAGGACCACCUCCACCUCGUUUUAUGGGUGCACCCCCACGACCGCCCCCCUUCUUUGAUGGUACACCUCGAUCCCGCAUGUUCCAACCUCGUCACGACGGCGGGGGCUGGAAUGGGCCUGGAAAUUUUGACAAUUUUCCCAGAAACGGUCCACCUCCACCAUUUGAAGAAUUUGAAGAAUUUCCUUCAUAUUUUAAUGGUCCUGGAGGAGAAUUUGACGAAUUUCCACCGUAUUUUGAACCAGAAAUGUGCAAUUCUUUUAACCCCGACGUGGUCAUGCGAGAUCCGUACAGGGGGGAUUUUCCUCCUCCACCUCCGCGUCGUCGGCCUCCUCUCCCUCGAUCACAGGAUUGGAGGGAGAACCGCAUUCUAAGAAAUCCACACCCGCACACCUCUCCAAAACCGGAAAUAUCACAGCAAAAUUCACCAAAAGUCAAUAAAGUCCAGCCCCUCGCGGAUAUUGGAACGACACCCUCGCCGAUUACCACACCCCCAGCGAUAACUUCGACUCCUAAACAAACUACUAGUAUUACUUCCCCACUGGAAUUGCAGAAAACGUCGCCAAUCAUACCUUCAGUCCCGGGAAAAAUACCCACACCUCUGGCGAUCCUACCGUCAAAAUUGGCGAUAACGACCCCCGUGGUUGUGGCACCUUCAAAAUUAACGCCCUCGAUACCAACGAUGUCGUCACUUUCCUUAAAAAUAAAUUCGCCUUCUGGUGCCAAAAGUAUCGACAGCGCCGGCGACAACCAAGAAAGAGGAACCACGUCCCCCUCCAUCCGCACCGCAUCCCGUCGUGAGCGGAAUUGUGACACAAAUCCUCACCUCGUCUGGGGUCAUCGACCGGAGAAUAUUUUUCGAUGCGAGUUGUAUUUUUAUCCAAGCUUUUUGGAAAAUAAAGAAUAUUAUUUCAUCGUAAUUUCACUCCGAUACUUGUGCAUACUAAAUAACUUUGUAAACACGAUGGUUGGCCCCAUGCCGUCCGUAGGCGAGGCCGUCGUGGUUGAGGUGGAACGCGUGACGGGGCUGCCUUUCGAAUUCAUCGGGCGUCGCGUCCAAAUCCUGUCCACGUUGGAUGACCUCAUCCCGAAAAGUGGGGAUGAGGAGGUCGUCCCCCCGGAAACCGACGCCACGUUGGAGAAGGAGUACGCCAUGUUUUUAAAGGAGUCCAACCUCACUACCAAGGAUGAACCUAAUAACCCGAUGACCACACCCACGCCGGCCACCACCAAAAAAGAACCUGAUAACCCGGUGGUUAUCGUCAAAAAGACACCCGCCGAGAAAGCGGAGUCCCAGCGCCUCGUCGCCUUUCGCUCGCACAUCGCCAGGCAGCACAAGGCGCUUCUGUUCAAUCUGAAAAACGCGGACCGCCUGAAGCGCGGCCUGUCGCCGCUCCCCAAGCCCAAGGAAAAGGCCAAGCGACCCGUGAAACAAAGAAAUAGAGGAAGAAAGCGGGUAGAAAGAGGGAAGCUGUUUAGAGCUAGGCGUCAGAAACUGGGUGUGGACGGGGUAGGGUCUCCUAUUCCGGUUUUAAUUCGGAAAUAA